AUAGCGCCCGGGCUCGGAGGAACAAGACAGUCAGUACUGAACCUGGGACUUAAGAACAAGUGAAUCAAUAAUAAAUAUUACAUAUAAAAAUCCAGAACUAAAGCCAACAAUGAACAACCAACCAAAUCGAGGAAGUAGAGGGGCCAGACCGAAGCACUCCAUGCUGAGCUCGUCGAUGGAACUGAUGGCCAGGACAAACGAGGCGCAGUCAAGGGCGAACAGCGAGCAGUCCAGGGCCAACUGGCUCCUAGUCAGAGCGCUCCAGGAGCAGAUUCAAUACGACCGGGAGUUGAUUCAACUCCGUGCCAGGGAGUUGAGGGGCAGCAAAGGGCGCGAAAAUACCCGUUCCGCCCGAUCUGUAGAGAAGGAACGGGCCUCUGCGAAAAGAGCCGCCAGCGUCGAGUGUGAGGAGCCCAACAAGCAGCCCAAGAAGGAGCCAAUGUGGAACCCAAGGAGGAGCCCCAGCCCCAGCCCCAGCUCCAGCCCCAUACCUUUGCCCUGUCCAUGCCAGAUCUAGACUUUAAAUAAA